AUGCCGUGCGCUCUAUUUAUCCUCCACCACUGCAGAUUUUCCCCUCUGCCAAUCAUUCCUCCCACUCUUUUUGCCUUCCGCACUAUUCCUAUCCCACACCCUUUUCUGCACCCUUUGUCUCCAUCUCGCAUGCUCCUCUCUCCUCCCCUCUCUCAAUCUCUCAUCCCGCCUUCCCUUCAUCGCCCUCACCAUGGCGCAGCCACGUGGAAUCGUCCCUCUUUGGCACAGCCCCAUUGUGCCACAAUGGGUGAGGCUGCUGCGAUAGUCAUGGCAAGUACGGCCGGAGCACACGAGCUGAAAGAUGAGAUGGAGAUGAGGAUGAGGGUGCUUGGCGUGCAGCUGGAAGAGACACGGAGGGAGUUGGCAGCAACCAGGGGGGAGUUGAAGGAGGCUGAGAGGAGACAAGUGGUGGAGAUGAGGGAGAUGAGAGGGCAGGUGGAGGAGAGGGAGAGGGAGCUGAUUGCAAAAUUGGCUUCAAUGAACGGGGAGGUGGUUACAGUGAAGGGGGAGUUGACGACAGUGAAAGGGGAGCUUGCUGAGCACAAGCAGUCAAGUACGUUUCAGCUGGAGGAGGCUGAGAGGAGACGCGUGGAUGAGAUGAGGGAUAUGAAAGGGCAGGUGGAGGAGAGGGAGAGGGCGCUGAUUUCACACCAGGAUGCUAUUGCAGAGCAGGUGAAUAUUGCUGAGAGACGAAGAGCAGAGGACCUGAGGGAGCUGAGAGGAGAGGUGCAAGAGAGGAAGAGAACGCUGGCAGCAUUGAAGUGGGAACUGGACGAGGCUGAGAGGAGACGAGCAGUAGAGAUGAGGGAGCUGAGAGGACAGGUGGAGGAGAGGAAGAGGGGUUUGGAGGAGGUUGAGAGGAGACGAGUGGCGGAGAUGAGGGAGAUGAGAGGAGAGGUGGAGGAGAGAGGAGAAGAGAUGGCUGCAGAGCUGGCAGCAGUGGAAGGGGAGCUAGGAGCAGUGAAGGGGCGGUUGGCUGAGCAGAAGCAAUCAACUGCAGUGCAGUUGGAGGAGGCUGAGAGGAGACGAGCGGCGCAGAUGAGGGAGAUGCGAGGGCAGGUGGGAGCAGUGAAGGGGGGGGUGGCUGAACACAAGGAUUCUAUGAAAGAGCAAUGA